CCCAGCAGCUGCGGUUUUGCAAGAGGCGGGAAGAAACUUAAGGAUGCUUAAUUUUCCACUGUGGAACGAAUUCUGAGCGCCCGGGGAGCAGCGCAGCGCGCAAUCGACACCCACCUGUCCGGCCCCGGAGCCUCCCAGGCUGGAAGGCGGCUGGAGAGCGGCGGCGCCCGGCGGCGAAGCGGGCGUUGCCGGCCGGGACUCGGGCAGCGCCCACCAACCGCUCCGCCCCGGGACCGCCAGCAUGAGCAAGCCGGCCGGAUCAACAAGCCGUAUUUUAGAUAUCCCCUGUAAAGUGUGUGGCGACCGCAGUUCGGGGAAACACUAUGGGGUCUACGCCUGCGACGGCUGCUCGGGGUUUUUCAAACGAAGUAUCCGAAGGAAUAGGACGUAUGUCUGCAAAUCUGGAAACCAGGGAGGCUGCCCGGUGGACAAGACACACAGAAACCAGUGCAGGGCGUGUCGGCUGAAGAAGUGUUUGGAAGUCAACAUGAACAAAGAUGCCGUGCAGCAUGAGCGGGGGCCUCGGACGUCCACCAUCCGCAAGCAGGUGGCCCUAUACUUCCGUGGACACAAGGAAGAGAACGGGGCGGCCGCGCACUUCCCCUCCGCAGCACUACCCGCGCCGGCAUUCUUCACCGCGGUUACGCAGCUGGAGCCCCACGGCCUGGAACUGGCCGCCGUGUCCGCCACCCCUGAGCGGCAGACCCUCGUGAGCCUGGCUCAGCCCACGCCCAAGUACCCCCAUGAAGUGAAUGGGACCCCAAUGUAUCUCUAUGAAGUGGCCACAGAGUCAGUGUGUGAAUCAGCUGCCAGGCUUUUAUUUAUGAGCAUCAAGUGGGCUAAGAGUGUUCCAGCUUUCUCCACGCUAUGUUUGCAAGACCAGCUGAUGCUUUUGGAAGAUGCUUGGAGAGAACUGUUUGUUCUAGGAAUAGCACAAUGGGCCAUUCCGGUUGAUGCUAACACUCUACUGGCUGUAUCUGGCAUGAAUGGUGACAACACAGAUUCCCAGAAGCUGAACAAGAUCAUAUCUGAAAUACAGGCUUUACAAGAGGUGGUGGCUCGGUUUAGACAACUCCGGUUAGAUGCUACUGAAUUUGCCUGUCUAAAAUGCAUCGUCACUUUCAAAGCUGUUCCUACACACAGUGGUUCUGAACUGAGAAGUUUCCGGAAUGCUGCCGCCAUCGCAGCUCUUCAAGAUGAGGCUCAGCUAACUCUCAACAGCUACAUCCAUACCAGAUAUCCCACUCAACCCUGUCGCUUUGGAAAACUCCUGUUACUUUUGCCAGCUUUACGUUCUAUUAGUCCAUCAACCAUAGAGGAAGUGUUUUUCAAAAAAACCAUCGGCAAUGUGCCAAUUACAAGACUGCUUUCAGAUAUGUACAAAUCCAGUGAUAUCUAAGCUCUCCAAGUCCCUACUUUUCAGGAUGGGACAGUAUCUGAUGAACUUCUACCCAUGGAGAACAAGCCUCAACUAACAAACCCUUCAGGAAGCAUAAACCUGGGAAUGUGUAGCCUUCAGGAAAAAAUAUCAAUUGACACAAAACAAUUCCAGUAGCUCUGACCUGCUGCCUCACCCAGGGUGGGGUGGCCUGGAAGGAAAAGGGGGUGUAAGAGGACCGCCUGAGCAGAGAGGACUCACUGCUACCAUGCCCUGGGAGGGGACCGAAUUCGGGGUUGCCACAGGCCAGGCCAUUCUGCCUCUUACCCGGAAGAUCAGGCUGAUCUAUCAGCAGCUGAAACAUAAGUAGAACAUUUUCUUUCCCUUUUAGCACAUAAAGUUGGGUGAGCAAAUAUAGUUCUGUGUAUAACAUCAUACAGCAGCCUUCAGAACUAUCUUAUGUUGAAGAAUUUAUUUCAAAAAUAAUGGUUAGGUUUUAAAUCAAAAGUUUUAUCAGAAGUUUCCCUUCUAUUGUACUACUUCAUAAAGUGGCCUUCAGAACUGAGUUAAUAAGUGAAAGGUAGCUUGUGCUGUGAGAUUUGCUUUUUCUCUUUCUUUCUUCCUCUUCCUCUUCCUCCGUCUCCCCC